AUGAGCCGCCGGUACGAAACUCUGGCGACUACUCCGGCGCCCUUUGCGUGCCUGGCCUGCCGGGAUUCUAAGCGCCGAUGCGAUCGCUCCAUUCCGCAGUGCAAAGGCUGCAUCCAGAAACGAAUUGUGUGCGACUAUCCGUACCGCCGUAAGAAGCGAGAGCGAAAGCGACCAUCCAACAAUUCUGCAAUCUCUCCCAUUUCAGGUCUUCUCACAGACCGUUCUCCGGGUUCCGGCUCAGCGGAAAACUCUCAAGCAAGCCCGGGCUAUUAUGAAAGCCUCCAUCUCGCGCCUUUGCAUCCAACCGGUGCCAAUUUCCUCACCGAGCGGUUCCUGGACCCUGAAGGCUUCCGCAGCGCCCAGCUGAAAGUGCCCGAGUUGGAUGUGGAUUACCUAAUUACAAAGGAUGUAUCUGACUUUGUUGGCGAUGUUGCAAACAUCAAAGCCAUAUCGGACAAGUUCUUUGAUUCUGUCCACGAGUGGAUGCCGAUUGUAUCCAAGAUCCAGUUUCUGGCCAACUUGGUCAGCUCCUUGACUCACAAGCGCGCCGAGCUCUUUUUCCUCAUCCUCGCUAUGAAACUGGUUUGCGAGCCAGGUUCAAGUUCAAGAACACCGCUUUAUCAAGUAACGAAACGGUUACAACAUCAAAUUGGAAAUUCUGGAGUUUUAUCUCUUCGAGUAGUUCAAGCGUCAGUCCUCAUUAUCAUCUACGAACUGGGCAAUGGUAUAUAUCCAUCGGCUUUUUUAUCCAUUGCUAGUGCUGCUCGAUAUGCAAGUGCGGUUGAUCUCGACAAGUCGAUUCUGUAUCGCGAAAUUAACGGCAUCUCAUGGCCGGAGUUGGAGGAACGUCGUCGAGCUUGGUGGUCACUGCUUGUCCUGGACAGGUAUCUGAACUUGUCCGAUCCGAGUCGCCACCUGGUGACUCCUGACCCACACAUAGAGAAUUGGCUUCCAGUUGAUGAUGCAACAUUCAAUGAUGGGACAUCCCGGCCUGAAGAUGCAUUUACUUUGGCUUCGGCUAAUGCUCUCAAUCUCGGCCGAUUUGCUCGCUUUGCGCAAGCUGCCCAUUUACUCGGCCAGGUUUUACAUCACGUUGCUGUAAAGUCCCCAGAGAGCGAAACCGCACAGUUGAGACGGACAAUCUUCUCACUGGUUAAUGUUUCCACCUUGGAAGCGGAAUUCAGACGGCUAGAAUUCUGCUCACAAUCAUCUGUGUGCUAUUGUGGAAUACUUUUGCUCGAUUGCUCUCAACGGGAAAGAGAGUUGAACUCUCCCAUCAUAUCCCUCGACCACCUGUCUGUGGAGAGCAGCCUGAUAUCGCAGACAGUUUUGCAAAUAUCCUUGUACAUCACGCAACUAACUGAACAAGAAAUACAUGCUCGCGCGUCUCCAUUCCUCCUGCAUAUGAUGUAUAGGGUGGCCAUGCUCUACUUGAAGGCUUCGAGAGCUAGUCCUAGCGAGUCUCUUACUGAUAAGCUGCACCUUAUCAAGCAAGGGCUUGAGAUUCUCGGACGCCGAUAUCACGCCGCUCACUCAUACAUCUCUCUAUUAUCCCGGCAAGAAAUAAUGCAAGCCAUGCAGUAAACAUGAGGAAUAAGGGCGUUCAAAUCUUACACAGUAGUCCUUUAACGUUUAGCGAGCGUUGUUAUUGAAAACAGUAUAUAAUAAACGUCUUUGACGUGACAUCUCUACAUAUAACCUGCAUCUUUU